AAUAAUAGAAUCCUUGCAGCAUCAUCAUCAUCUUUUCAGAGGAAGAGAAUGGGACUACUUUCCAACAGAUUGGAUAGAGGAAGUCUUAGACCAGGAGAUCAUAUCUAUUCAUGGCGUACUGCUUAUAUUUAUGCCCAUCACGGUAUUUAUGUUGGCGAUGACAAAGUCCUUCAUUUCACCAGACGUGGUCAAGAGGUAGGAACUGGCACGGUUCUAGACAUCCUCCUGGUUAGCUCAUUGCCACGACGGUCUCAAGUCCCCUGCCCCACCUGCAUUCACACCGACGAUACCAAUGGAGUUGUUUCAUCUUGCCUAAACUGUUUCCUAGCUGGUGGGGUCCUCUAUCGGUUCGAGUACUCAGUUAGCCCAGCCAUCUUUCUCACAAAAGCUCGUGGCGGAACCUGCACUCUUGCAGUGUCAGACCCACCUGAGACGGUUGUCCACCGAGCAAAUUACCUCCUUAACAAUGGCUUUGGCUGCUAUAAUGUAUUCAAAAACAAUUGCGAGGACUUUGCAAUCUACUGCAAGACGGGUCUUCUUGUUGUUGACCAUAGGACAAUGGGUCAAAGCGGACAGGCGGUUUCGAUCGUUGGUGGUCCCCUUGCGGCUGUGCUGUCAACGCCUCUUAGGCUUGUAACUACAAACAUUUACGGGAUGGCGGCUACGGCUGUUGGCGUGUACUGUGCUAGUCGGUAUGCUGCGGAUAUUGGUAUGAGGAGUGAUGUGAGGAAGGUUGGUGUGGAGGAUCUAACAAGGAGGAUAGCAACUGGUGGUCUUACUGUUGUAGAACCUAGUAUUCCAGCUUGGAUGCUUAACAACAACAAUAAUAAUAAUGCUACCUAGUAUUUAUUUAUGAUUGGUGUGGAGGAUCUAACAAGGAGGAUAGCAACUGGUGGUCUUACUGUUGUGGAACCUAGUAUUCCAGCUUUGAUGCUUUAACAACAACA